UCGGAAGUUCGCAACGAGACAUGGCGGAAGCUGCAGUAGAAAACAGACCGAAUCCAAACAGAUUUUACUGUCAUAGCUGCUCACAAGAAAUAAGUCCUAAACCAGACUACACUUGUCCCAGAUGUGAAAAUGGGUUUAUAGAAGAAAUUACAGAAGGGUUUCAGGAAACUGAUGCACAAACUCCAUCAGAACCAACAGUUGACCCAGCCGCUCAGUUUGCAGAGCUAUGGGGCAGGGCAUUUUUAGACAGCUUUCAAAAUCAAGUAUCCGGGUCAACAGCUCCAACACGAGAACGGACAGAAGACUCUGAUUCUGAGGAGGAAGAAAGGAAUCAUCCACAACCUCAUGGACUUCGUCCCUCUAGGAUAAGACCUUUCAGGAUUUCUGUCCGAACAGGCAACCGUCGUCCCGUGAAUCGACAUCAGCAACAUAUACAUGGGUUACUUCAGAUGUUUGUAGAUAGGUUAACUGGGGAAAUGGGACAGCCUGUGAACUUCAUGCCGAUCCACGGUAACCCAGGUGACUACGCCUGGGGCGUCAGUGGACUAGAUAAUAUUAUCACUCAGCUGUUGAACCAGCUUGAAGGGUCAGGACCCGCCCCUGCUGACAAAACAAAGAUUGAUUCAUUACCUUCUGUUAGGGUUACUCAGAAACAAGUGUCCGAGACAAUACAGUGCUCUAUUUGUAUGGAAGAUUUUAGUUUAAAUGAAGUAGUAAAGAAGCUACCGUGUGAACAUCAUUACCAUAAGGACUGUAUUGUACCGUGGUUAGAAAUGCAUGGAACCUGUCCAGUAUGUAGAAAGGAUUUAAAUGGUAUUGAUGCAUCCUUGAAGGAUGACUACCCCACCCCAGUAGAUUUAAUGGACUCUGUUACACCCGAUUCUGCCUCUGGAGGUCAAGAUUCUGUGGCUGAUGAAGACGAUGAUGAUUAAGUCUAGACCUUAAUAGGAGUUCAAUAUGUGAUAGCAAGAAACGUGAUCGCUUCAAGUGGAUAGCUGGUUGUGGAUGUUAUUCCUGAACUUGGAGCAGGUGCCAACAUGUUCAAAUAUAGUAGCCUGGACCAUAGUUCAGCGGUAACAUUCGAUACACUACAAAACUCACAGCUAUUCAUAGAUGUGGAUCCUUUCUUCCUUAACCUUUGUGGUACAAUGAUUUGUAGCACAAAUUGAAAAAAAAAAUAAGGUAGAGAGUCAAAAAGUUUUUCUAUAUUAUUGGAAAAAUUCUUUUUGAUUUAAGUUGAUGUUAUUUUCACGGGUAUUUGUACCAGGACUGUCUUGGUUUCGGGACUCGAAGGAGUAUAAGAGCAUUAUGAUUUUAUUCUCAUUAAUGUAAAUUACAUCAACUAUAUAAGCUCCCUGUCAGUGUCAUAACAUUGAGAGAUACAGGUAUUGAAUUUCUGUAACGGAGCUGAUUUUGUUACCAUAGAGACAUGAAUAAAUGUAUUUUAAAAGCAAUUAGACAUUUCUAACAUCAUCUCCCAACACCAACCAAGACAUAGAAUUCAAAGAGUUAAGAGGUCUUCUCAAACGCAGAAAAUUAUACUGAGCUGUACCGCUGACAGUUAUAGAUGAAAUGAUAUUGUUUGAGGUCUCCCAUUCAAUAUAUAGGUAUGUGCCAUACAUUUUUUAUCACCUCUCAUCUAAAUGCUUUACUCCUCGAAUUCAAAAUUGAUUUGUACUUUCUUCUUUGACCAUGCAUAGACAUGCCCAAGACCAUGUGGACUUACCGAGGUGGCCUAGUGGUUUAGGUUGCCUUGACACUUAUUCACUAGCCCUCCAUUUCCGCUUCGUAAAUUCAGACCCCAUGUGGGGCUGUUGCCAUGUGCUGACUGUAGGCCGGUGACUUUUCUCUGGGUACUAUGGCCUUCCUCCACCUCCAAAACCUGGUACGUCCUUAAAUGACCCUGGCUGUUAAUGGGGCAUUAGAGAAAAUAAACCAAACCAAAAUGACAGUUACACAAAUUCCAAGGUCCAUAUAUGUAACACCUGAUGUUACUACCCAAGUUCAUGUAUAAUUUUUUGGUUAAAUGAUUAAGCUAUUGAAGGUUUCCGAUUGGCCCACACAGGUUGAGAUUGUCCAAUACUGUGAUUUUCCAAUAUUUUCUUUUUAGACACGGUACAGGGUCCUGGUAAUUUGUUACAGUCUACGUGUAUUUGGUACAGCAUAGAGGUGUAGUUCUGUCAGAAUUAUCGGUCCAUUGAUCUUGACUACAUGUGCCUGUUAUAGUUGCUCGUGACUUCCAUUUUAAUGUCAGGUAUAUAUCGCUUCCUGUGUGGGAAAAUUUUAAGACAUCACUGAUAUUUGUAAGUUGGUGUAGGAAAUGAUGUUUGAAAUGUCAAUUAUUCAAGGAACUAAAGUAACGAUACAGAAAAACUUGGAGCUCUUCUUCACUGAAAACCAACAUUGAGCACUGGGACACUCUACCUUAAAGGAUUCUGAACUGGUCUAAAACUCCUAUACAUGGAGAAUAUAUGAUUUGAAAAAUAUAUUUAAUUUAAAUAGUUAAUAAAACUUUGCCAUGGCGGUGUAACCCUUUGUCACGUACCUAUUUUCUGUGUAUAUGUGCAUGUAGUGUAACCUGCAAUUUAGCUGUGUGGAUAUUUAAAUCCGGUACAUUACAGGAAUUGAGUGAAAGAUGAACGUCUCGUAAAAUGGAGGGAAAAUGUGUGUUUGUGGACUUGCCGGUAUUAGGUGUUAUCAUGAUUUUAAAAUCUGGUAAUUGCAGUGGUAAGAGUGUGAUUUGAAAUGAGGGUUGAUGAAAAGUUACAGAGUGGAUAUGCGAGUCUCAAUAGUGGGCAAGGUGAUAUACAAGGUCUUAUUUGUGCUGCUGUUAUGUGUAGUAGAUCUUUACGUUUUAUUUUGUCAUCAUUAUUGAUUUUAAAAUCUCUUUAAUUUCUAAAUAGGUUUAUUUCUUUGUGGAAUCAGUGUUGAGUAUGUGUCCGAGAUAAGUUUAACUCUGUCAGUAGUAUUUGUAAAGCAUUUUAUUUCGUACUUUUUUGUUUUACAGACAAUUAGUGUGUCAUUCUGACAGUAUAUAAGCUUGUAUAUUUAAUAGUCCCCAGAGGAGGCCUUUCAUGCUUCAUCAUAAAGAUCAGUUUUAAUUAAGUAUAACUGAUAAUCAAUGGAUGCAGUGUGGACAAAAUUGUGAGUGAAAAUGUGUGUGAAGAUCUGACAUAUAAUUGCAUGAUAGGUUGUUACCAUGGUUACGUGUCUCCCGUUUGUUACUGUGACCAUUGUUUUGAGAUUUUUUUAAUUUAUUAACUUACCUGACCUUGAGGACCAUGCAAUGGUGUAGUGUGCGUUGUCCACAUUCAUUUCAAAAGACUACUUGUCUAGAACGGAUGAUUGUGCUUUGACUAAAUAUGGCAUAGUCCCUUGGCCAAAGGAUCUGACAGACUUUUAACCAGCCUUGACCUGUAUGAUGCUGCCAAUGCAGUUAGUUUGUGGCCACAAAUUUUCUUCUGAGAAAUUGUUAAUAAUAACUUCUCAAAAUUAACCAGAUCAAUUAAAUUUAAGAGACCUGAAGUGAUUUUAACAAAACUUGAGCAGAGAGGAAAUUAAGGGCUAUCCCAGCGAAAUAAAUAUCCAACAGGAUUUCGUAAAUGAAGAAAUUCCUUGCAUGAUGGGUGUUAAGAAGUUUUAAUCCAAUCACUUUCUUUGAUGGUUUCUGCUUGGCAAGCCUCCUGCUGAUAUUUUGCUGAAUUACCCCAACAGAUAAAAGUUUUGCAAAAUAAUCUUGUUUAGUUUGGAGCACCAAUGAGCAAAGUGGACUCAAUAAGUUAACAGGGGCUAGAAUUGCUGCAAGUCUUCAAUUUUAAUUUUGCUUAUAAAGAGUCUCUUGGUCAGUGGAACUAAAUAUUGUACUAAUCAUAAAGGUCUUGGGACAGAGGAGUAGGGCUUAACAUGAGAAAUGGCUGCAGAUGUUUAAGACCAUUUCUGAAACAAGUGAGCGAUACAGGUUCUGUGGACCUCUUGUUACAUAGUUUGUCAGAAAAAGUUGACCUACAUACUGGUAAUAUUGAUGUUUUGGGAUGCAUGUCUUGUGUAAGCAAGAUGAAUAAAAUUUAAUAUUUCUUGCUGAUUAACAAAAUAAAUAUAUAUAAACAUCCAUCUGCAAUUAAAAAUUGUCUUAACCAGUA